UGAGUCUUCCACACACAGUCGGUGCGUUUUCUGCUACUGAAAGGUUUCAACUGUGUCCUCUGCAAUAAUUAAGGUAAAAGCUUUGCCGACACCAUGACUAUCACUGACCCAGUCACAAUACUGUCAAUUAUCCUAUGUGUUUUCGUGGCAAUACUUUUUUAUGGACGCAGAAGAAACACUUAUCAUAAUUUUCCUCCUGGACCCACGCCAUUACCUAUCAUUGGAAAUAUACACAUUCUGAGCAUGAAGAGACCUUACGAAACACUUCAUCAGCUUUCAGAGAAGUACGGCUCAGUGUACAGUCUACAGGUAGGAGAGGAGAAAAUGGUCAUCCUGACCGGAUAUGAGACGGUGAAAGAUGCCCUGGUAAACCAUGCAGAUGAGUUUUCUGCAAGAACAGUGGUGCCAAUUUUCCAUGACAUAACUAAAGGACACGGAAUUAUUUUUGCUAAUACUGAAUCCUGGAGAGUGAUGAGACGAUUCACUCUGUCAACGCUACGAGAUUUCGGGAUGGGGAGUCAAACAAUAGAAAACAAAAUUAUUGAAGAAAGUGGUUGUUUAGUGGAAAAGAUAAAAUCCUACAAAGGCAACCCAGUUGAUAAUAAAUUGUUUAUAAAUGCUGCUGUUGCUAAUAUAAUUGUUUCCAUAUUACUGAAUCACCGAUUUGAUUAUGAGGAUCCAACACUCUUGAACCUUUUGAAAAUGAUCAAUGAAAUUAACUCAUUAUUAGGUAGCCCGAUGGCCAUGAUGUACAACGCAUUCCCCUCUGUGAUGAGCUGGUUUCCUGGAGUUCAGAAAAAAGCUGUUAAAAUAAUGAAUGAGUUUCACAAAUUUGUUAAAGAGACUUUCACCGCCCAGAAGAAAGAAUUGGAUGUUAAUGUCCAGAGGAAUCUUAUCGAUACAUUCCUGGUGAAACAACAGGAGGAAAAAAGAAAUCAUGAAUUAUUUUUCACCAAUGAAAAUCUAAUAGCGCUUGUGUUUGACCUCUUUGCUGCUGCCGUGGAAUCGACCUCGACCACUCUGAGAUGGAGUCUUCUGUUGAUGAUGAAAUACCCCGAAAUCCAAAGAAAUGUCCAAAAUGAGAUUGAUAAAGUUAUUGGGUCAUCGGAGCCUCUGGCCGCUCAUCGUAAACAUAUGCCCUAUACUGACGCUGUUAUUCACGAAAUCCAAAGAUUUGGAAAUGUCAUCCCAGCAAAUCUCCCACAUGCUACCACUUUGGAUGUCACAUUCAGAGGGUAUUUUAUUCCAAAGGGGACACAGGUAAUCCCACUGCUGACGUCAGUGCUGUAUGACAAGUAUUACUUUAAAAAACCAAAAGAGUUUUACCCAGAACAUUUUCUGGACGCCAGCGGGAAUUUUGUGAAGAAUGAAGCGUUUAUGCCGUUCUCAGCUGGUAAGAGAAGUUGUGCCGGUGAAAACUUGGCCAAAAUGGAGCUCUUCAUAUUCUUCACGAAGAUGCUGCAGAACUUUACCUUCCAGUCUCCUCCAGGGGCCACUCUGGACUUGACCCCUGCAGAUACUUUCACGUGUAGUCCUAUGAGCUAUAUGAUGUGUGCUGUGCCUCGCACAUAAAGUAGGAUUGUAAAAUGCACAAAAAAUUUUUUUUUUCCCAGCUGGGUUUAUAAUGACAUAAUAAAUUGGUCACCAAUUCUCUUUCUUUCACAGCGCACCAAAAAGUAUAGUUACGGUUCUGGGUGCCACCCCCGGUUGCUCUGGCCUGCACAUGUGCUGACCUCCAUCAGGACAUGUGCAGUAACACAGCUGAGGGGGCAAAGGUCAAAGUAAUGAUUCCUUAUUGCAGCCAAUUGUGUUGAUAAGGAAUCUUUAUUCUUGGGUGAUGGCUGCAAAUGAUAAGAAAUAGAACCCUGGAUACAGAUAAAAUUGUGGAGAUAAAGUACCAGCCAAUCAACAAAAUAGGACAGAGAGGAGAGAGAACACUACUAGGGGCACAUAUUACAUUAAAACAGUCAAAGACUUAUACAAUAAUAUAUCCAAAUGUAUUCACAAUAUUAAAAACACACCUUCAAAAUGGAAAGUAUCCAUUAUUCACAAUAAUAACUCAAUGUUAAAAACACUCCUUAAAAAUGGAAAGUAUCAU